CGCAGCAGAGCGGGAGCGCCAGGUGCCCGCUCCAGUGACAGGCACCGGGGACGGUGCGCCGACCCUCCCUCAGACUGCAAGAUCGCGGGGAAGGCGGCGCGGAGACCGGUCUCCCGCGGGCAGGAGCUCGGCCACCUGCACGCUGCCACCCAGCCCCGCCCCUCGCCGGAAGACUGCGGGAGUCCACCUGACCCCCGGACGGCAGCUAGGUGCUGGUCAGCUCCUCCGCACCACGCCAAGAGCCCCAUUGGUCCGGACGCGCACAGAUUGCUUUCCCCCUACUCACCCUUUUCAAGUGCAAUAAAAGGGGGAGGGGCUCGUGGAUUUUUUUUUUUUUAAAGAAGCAAUUUUUGUUUGCUUCAUUAAUUGGGGGGCAAUUCGCUCCCGGUCAGGAGGUGCGGCCCGGGGAGGGGCCAGGACCAGGAACGUGCCCGGUACUGCCCAGUCUUUGUCUGCUGCCUCCGGAUGCACAGCGAUGGGGGAAUGGACCAUCUUGGAGAGGCUGCUGGAAGCCGCGGUGCAGCAGCACUCCACUAUGAUCGGGAGGAUCCUGUUGACUGUGGUGGUGAUCUUCCGGAUACUCAUUGUGGCCAUUGUGGGGGAGACGGUGUACGAUGAUGAGCAGACCAUGUUUGUGUGCAACACCCUGCAGCCCGGCUGUAACCAGGCCUGCUAUGACCGCGCCUUUCCCAUCUCCCAUAUCCGUUAUUGGGUCUUCCAGAUUAUAAUGGUGUGCACCCCCAGUCUCUGUUUCAUCACCUAUUCUGUGCAUCAGUCGGCCAAGCAGAGAGAGCGCCGGUACUCUACUGUCUUCCUAGCCCUGGACAGAGACCCCACUGAGUCUAUAGGGGGACCUGGAGGAACUGGGGUUGGGGGCAGUGGUGGGAGCAAGCGAGAAGAUAAGAAGUUGCAAAAUGCCAUUGUGAAUGGGGUGCUGCAGAACACAGAGAACACCAGUAAGGAGACAGAACCAGAUUGCUUAGAGGUUAAAGAGCUGACUCCACAUCCAUCAGGGCUGCGCACAGCAGCAAGGUCCAAGCUCCGAAGACAGGAAGGUAUCUCCCGCUUCUACAUCAUCCAAGUGGUAUUCCGAAAUGCUCUGGAAAUUGGGUUUCUGGUGGGCCAAUACUUUCUAUAUGGCUUCAGUGUCCCAGGGUUGUAUGAGUGUAACAGAUAUCCCUGCAUCAAGGAGGUGGAAUGUUACGUGUCUAGACCUACUGAGAAGACAGUCUUUCUGGUGUUCAUGUUUGCUGUGAGCGGCAUUUGUGUGGUGCUCAAUCUGGCUGAACUUAACCAUCUGGGAUGGCGCAAGAUCAAACUGGCUGUCCGGGGAGCCCAGGCCAAGAGAAAGUCAGUCUAUGAGAUACGUAACAAAGACCUGCCUCGAGUCAGUGUUCCCAAUUUCGGCAGGACUCAGUCCAGUGAUUCUGCCUAUGUGUGAAAAAGGCAGGUUUGGCGAAGGCCUGCUGAGUGGCGAGGAGCCCCAAGGCAGAUGACGGCUUGAGGGGAGCAGAACUGCCCUCACUUCUGUGAUGCUCACUGUCAAGGUCUAGGAUGCGGAUACUAAGGGGUCUUCAUCAGCACAGAGGAAAGGUAGAACUGCCAUCACAUGUCAUACCAUCGAUCAGUUCUACAGAGACAACUGGGAAGAGUGACAAGAUGACUGAGCUGGACUUCCUUGGGCCUUUCUCUUUAAUGGCCCUUCCUGCUCCAGACGACUGUGGACUGGCGCAGCUGCCAAGCAAGACUUAGCUCUGCUGAGCUCUGUAUUCUGGUGAAUGGCAUGAGUCAAAUACUCAUUGAUAUAAAAUUUGUGACCCAUCUCAGCACAUCCCUUUAUCCUGGGCUGCAGGAAAAAAAAAAACCAUCCCUGAAGAUCUUUCUCCCUCAUCAGCAUGCCCCUUUCUCUCAAACCCAGGAUAGCAUGCCAGCUUUUCUGCUUCCUUGAUCUGGCCUUAUAUUAGCCCUAACACAGUUCAUCUGCAAGCUAGAGGGAAUUACAUGGGGUGCUUUUUGGAUACUGGCCAGGGCAGAGGUUUGCAGUAGAGCCCCAUAUGACUGGCCCUUAGUCAUUAUGAAAACCUUAGGAAUGUCUCAAUAUUUCCAAUUUUUUAAACUCAAAUUGCACUG